AAACACCACAGAAGAAGAAGAAGGAGCAGAAAUGGAAGCUAAACUGAAUGAAGUUCGCGCUCAGCACGUUUAUUAGCUCGUUAUUUACCGAGCUUUAGUUCGUUAUGUUUGUUCACGGUAACAUAGGUCCCGAGCAGGAGAGGAGAAAUCAAUAAGAAGGUUUCACAGAGGAAGCGGAAAACGUUUUCUGAGCUAGCUGCUCUGCACCGUGAGGCUAGCUGAGUUAGCGUGUGUUAGACUCAGACUGAGAGCUUAAUUCAGACAUUUAGACACAAAUAUUUAAUCUACAGCCUCAAAAACAUCCAUUUAGCAUGGCGCUGAAAACAGGAGAGGAUCGUCUGAAGGAGAUGGAGGCUGAGAUGGCUCUUUUUGAGCAGGAGGUUCUCGGUGGUCCAGUACCUGUAGCAGGAAGCCCAUCUGUCAUGGAGGCUCUACCUGUGGCUCUGGCUGUUACUGCAGUCCCCAUGAUCCGACCCAUUAUAGGCACCAACACCUACAGACAGGUUCAGCAGACGUUAGAAGCCCGAGCUGCUACUUUUGUUGGUCCUCCUCCACCGGCCUUUGUGGGACCAGUCCCUCCAGUUCGUCCUCCCAUGAUGAGACCGGCUUUCGUCCCUCACAUCCUGCAGAGACCUGGUGGUCCGAGGAUGCCUAUGAUGCGUGGUCCUCACAUAGCCCCUCCCCUCCCCAGGCCUCCUCCCCCUCCUCCCAUGAUGCUCCCUCCUAACCUGCAGGUUCAGGGUCCUCCAGGCGCUCCGCCCAUCCAGCACAUACCUGCGCCUGCACCUCAGGUGAGGGAGAUGAUCCCCAUGGUGUCGGCCCCGCCCACCAGACAGGAAGUUCCUCCUCCCAUCAAACCAACGCCGUCGAUCAUCCAGGCGGCUCCGACUGUGUAUUCGGCUCCCCCUGCAGGACUCAAGAGGAUCGACGUCAGAGCUCAGAGACAGGCCAGAAUGGAGGAGCUGGCGGCACGGGUCGCAGAGCAGCAGGCUGCGGUGAAGGCUGCAGGUCUGCUGGAUAAGAAGGAGAGUGAAGACAGCGGCGCCGUGAUCGGACCCAGCAUGCCCGAGCCCGAGCCCCCCCACCCCGAGCCUGUAGAGAGCGCUGCAGAGGACAAGAAGAAAGGGAAGGUGGAGAAGGUCAGGAAGUGUAUCCGGACUGCAGCAGGAUCCAGCUGGGAGGACUCCAGUCUGCUGGAGUGGGACACAGAUGAUUUCCGCAUUUUCUGCGGUGAUCUUGGAAACGAGGUGAAUGACGACAUCUUGGCCCGAGCCUUCAGCAGAUACCCAUCUUUCCUCAAAGCUAAGGUGGUGAGAGACAAACGAACAGGAAAGACGAAAGGUUACGGCUUCGUCAGCUUCAAGGAUCCAAACGAUUACGUGCGAGCCAUGAGAGAGAUGAACGGGAAAUACGUCGGCAGUCGUCCCAUCAAACUGAGGAAGAGUACGUGGAAGGAUCGGAACAUGGAGGUUGUUCGCAAGAAACACAAAGAGAAGAAGAAGCUGGGCCUCAGAUAGUCUGUGUAUUUAACACCCACCAGUGGUCAGACUGCAGGGAGCAGAACUUAUUUUAAUUCUGAGGUUGUAUAAAGAUUAACUUUUUCUUCAUUAAUAAAAACAUCGUUUCUA